AUUCGUGUACCGCUCGAUAUGAAGUCAAAGCCGUACGCCAUUUGUUUGGACAACAGAAAGGCGAGUUUUGAUGAGAAGCUCGUGAAUCUGGCUAUCGAUUUAUCAAUUGAUUGGGAGAAUCCAUCAAAACAAGAUUUGGAAGCGAUUUCCAUGCUUCGUGGGCGAGAUGGAACCAAAGAGUUGGCUGAAGCAGAUGAGGCCGUCCAAGAGAUUUCGGUUAGUUAA